AUGUGUCGGAUGUUAUUCAAAAUAUUAAUCGUAGGAAAUCGUCUGGCUGGGACUCUCAAACUGUACCCAUCCUCUUUAAGAAAACUGCUUCAGCCAUUGCACCAUCUGUGGGGGCCAUAUUCAACCACUGUAUUGCUAAGAGAUUCUGGCCCACUAAGUGGAAAAUGGACACCUGUAUUCAAAAAGGGAGACAAACAAGCCAAAGAAAAUUAUCGCCCGAUUACAGUACUCCCAUUAUUUGGCAAAGUGUUUGAGCAUCUACUGUGUACACAAAUUACUACGUACUACGAUCGUAUCCUCUAUUCAAGAAUGACAGCCUAUAGAAAACAACAUAGGUGUGAGUCCACGUUAAUCGGCCUCGUUGAAGAUUGGAGGAAAGCCCUUGACAGUAAGAAGGUUUACUUGUUAGCAAUGGACAUGAGUAAAGCUUUUGACUCCCUUCACCACUCUUUAACCUUGGCCAAACUCAAUGCGUGUGGUUUCAGAGACAGUUCUCUGGAUUAAAUGCGAUCCUUCUUUUAUGGUCGACUGAACAGGGUCAAAGUCAGGACAGCCAAAAGUAAUAUUUGGAAAGAAAUGAAACGAGGCUGCCGACAGGGUCAUCACUCGGUCCUUUGCUGUAGAAUCUCUAUCAGAACGACCUAUCCUAUCAGGUCAGUAACGCCAACUUAAACAUGUAUGCCGAUGACGAUCAGCUCUUUUCUACGGGGAGUAAUGCCUAUAGCAUGAAGGCUCGCCUUGAGUCGGAAGCCGCUAAAGCCUUGACCUAUAGUAUAACGAUAACUAUCUUAUGGUCAACCCUGAUAAAUUCCAGUUGCUGAUGAUCAACUCACAGAAUGAUAAGGAUCAAGCUUCAUUAACAAUCAAUGCACAUGUCAUUGAAAGUACUGCUGACAUCAGCCUUCUGGGAGUUAACAUCAACGAACACCUUGUAUUUAGAAAACACAUUAGUGAACUGUGUAUAAAAGCUAGCAAGAGAGUGGGCGUCCUCUCAAGAUUAAGAAAUCUGAUCCCUAUGGAAGCAAAAUUGCUUUUAUAUAAAUCCUCGAUAUUGCCAUAUUUAACAUAUUGUCAUCUUAAAUGGCAUUUCUGUAAAGCCUCCGACGCCAGAAAAGUUGAAAGAGUUCAAGAGCGUGCCCUUAGGAUCGUGUAUAACACACAUUCAGUAGAGUACUCUAAUCUUCUUAACCGUGCCAAUCUACCUAGCCUACAAAAUCGGCGUUUACAAGAUCUUGCUACCUUAAUGUAUAAAGUUAAAUAUGGUUUGGUACCUAGUAAUGUCGUUGACAUUUUUAGUGUUAAGUUAUCCAAAUAUGACUUAAGAAAUAUGGACUUUCAUUUACCCAGAUUUAAUGGUGUACGUUAG